AUGUCUAAGAAUAUCGUUAUCAUUGGAGCCGGCGUGGCUGGGCUGACCACGGCGCUGUUGGCGUCCAAGAAGCCGGGCUAUAAGAUCCAUGUUGCAGCAAAACACAUGCCAGGGGACUAUGACAUCGAAUAUGCCUCUCCCUGGGCUGGCGCAAACUACAUGCCAGUCUCCGUUGGCGGCACCCGGCCAGCGAAAUGGGACUCUGAAACGUGGGGUCCGCUUGCAGACCUAGCGCAGAAUCAUCCAGAAGCAGGUGUUCAUUUUCAAGAGUGCGAGAUACACAGCCGCACCAAAGACCUUGGCUCUGCAACUGCCACAUGGUUUGCGGACCUUCUGUCCUCCAAUCCGUGGUUUGCAAAAGUUGUGCCGAAUUUCCGGGUAUUACCAAAGAGCUCGCUCAGUCCCGGCGUCGACUCUGCCACGGCCUUCACAUCUGUCUGUAUCAACACGGCAAUUUACCUCCCAUGGCUUGUAUCCCAAUGCUUAGCCAAUGGUGUGACAUUCCAGAGAGCCACGUUUGGACAUAUUCGUGAAGCCACAGCCGCCGGUGCUCAUCCACGCGGACAUGUCGAUCUGGUCGUCAACUGUACGGGGCUUAUGGCUUCUAAGCUUGGUGGCGUACAGGAUGCUACAGUUGUGCCUGCACGAGGACAAAUUGUGAUCGUGCGAAACGAUGCAGGAAAAAUGCUCGAUGUCUCUGGUACAGAUGAUGGCGAUGACGAGGCAUGUUACGUGAUGACACGAGCUGCUGGAGGAGGUACAAUCCUCGGCGGCUCAUAUCAGAAGGGGAGCUGGGAGUCUCAACCGGACCCAAACCUUGCUAUUAGAAUUAUGAAGAGAGCCGUUGCCAUGUGUCCCGCGCUGACGAAUGGCAAAGGCAUUGAGCACCUAGACAUUAUCAGGCAUGGCGUCGGACUACGGCCUGUUCGUGAAGGAGGUACUCGAAUUGAGAAGGAAAUGAUCGGGGACAUCUGUGUGGUGCAUAACUACGGUGCUGGGGGUGCUGGCUACCAGUCAUCCUACGGAUGCGCCAACGAGACGGUGAACCUUAUUGAAGAAGCACUUGGACCUCGCUCAAGGCUGUGA